AGCAUUCCCAUAGCGUCAGCACUGACGCAGCGUCGAGUUCCCUCGAAAGGGAACAUAAGCACUGAGAAUGUAAAAGAAAAAGAGAAAAACAGCAAAAUAUUUUGUUUUUGGUUUGUUUUUUUGCAAUGGUUCACUGCUCUUUAAUCAGUGUUCUGCUCUGGAAUUCAUUUUCUCUUCAUCUGUCUUAUGGAGUCGCACACACACUGCAGUACAUUCACACUGCAGUCACACCAGGAAUAAAUUUACCAGAAUACACUGAUGUUGGUCUGGUUGAUGGAGAGCCAUUUGUGUACUAUGACAGUAACAUAAGGAAAUACAUCCCAAAAACUGAGUGGAUAAAGAAGAUCACUGAUGAUGAUCCAGACUACUGGAGCAGUGGGACACAGAAUCAGAAUUAUGCACAGAAGAUCUACAAAGAUGAUGUGAUUACACUAAUGAGGCGCUUUAAUCAGACUGAAGGGGUUCACACACUACAGAGGAUGUAUGGAUGUGAGCUCCAUGAUGGGACUGUUAGAGGUUAUGAGCAGUUAGCUUAUGAUGGAGAAGAUUUCAUUAGUCUGGAUCUAGAACAUGUCACCUGGACUGCAGUUAAACCUCAGGCUCUUAUCACCAAAAAUAAACUGAAUACUGCAGGAGCUGCUCCUUUUGAAAAAUUAUAUCUGGAGAACAUCUGUAUUAAGUGGUUACAGAAGUAUGUGACCUAUGGCAGACAGACUCUGGAGAGGAAAGCUCGUCCUGAGGUAUCCGUCUUCCACAAACACUCGUCUACAGAUGUGGUGUGUCAUGCUACAGGUUUCUACCCUGAAGAAGUAAUGAUCACCUGGCAGAGGGAUGGAGAGGUCAUGCAUGAGAAUGUGGAGCUCAGAGAGACGUUACCAAACCAGGAUGGAAGCUUCCAGAAGAGAAGCAUACUGAGAGUCUCACCUGAGGAUCUGCAGAAACACAACUACACCUGUGUGGUUCAGCACAGCAGCCUGGACAAGGAGAUAGUGAAGAUCAUCCUGAGAGAUGGAUUAUCUGCUGCACUGCGUAUUGGUUUUCUUGCUGCAGUCUUGGUAUUUGUUGCUUUUGUUGGAUUUCUCAUCUGGAAGAUAAAAUCUGACUUCAAACAAGUUCCACAAAACAUGAGCCCCUCUGAAGAAAAAACACGACAAGAAAUCUUACUAUCUUCUGAACUGAGAGAGAGUCCAGACAACAUAGUGAACUCUACAGGGCUACCAGUAAUGUGCUUUUUUAGGACAUAUACACCAAUCUGCCCAUGUUACUCUCUGUGUUUCUUCUCAGUUUAUAAAACAAAGCUUCUGAAACUUUUACAUUUAUAUUGAAAAGUGAAACUCACAAAAACACACAGAUUAUUAAAAAUUAUAACAAUGGAAAACUGAAAGCUGCUAAAUAUGAAUUCAAUUUAAAUCAAAUCAAAUCAAAUUUUAUUUGUCACAUACACAUACAUUCAGGGUACAAUAUGCUUUAUGCAACUGUCCGGUAUAAGAAUAAAGAAUAUA